CUCUCUCCCCUCUUCAUCCCUCUCUCAUUGCAUCCAUUUUUUGUGCAUUCACGAAAUCUCCAUGUAUUACCAACCUGGAUGAAAACAAGCCAAAUAGUGACAGAGGAGGCAGUAGGACCCCAAAAGCAAAUGCGGACGGACCUAACGUAAUUUAUUCUAACAUGCGAGUGAAACCUUUCUGAGGGAUGGCAGCGAUGGGUUAGACAGGAUUUAACAUGACUGCAAAAUAAAAGCCGCUGUGAGUAAAAGAUGUCCGCGCCACAAGGGCCCAGGGGCGGUCCUGGCCCUGCUGCCUCAGCGGCCGGCGCCAUGCCGGAGAUGCCGGACCUCAGCCACCUCACCGAGGAGGAGAGGAAGAUCAUCCUCGGUGUCAUGGACCGACAAAAGAAGGAGGAGGCGAAGGAACAGUCCAUGUUAAAGAUCAAAGAAGGACCAAAGCCUCAGUCAGCACAGUGGUUUCCCUUUAGUGGGAUUACUGAGCUGGUAAAUAAUGUUCUUCAGCCACAGCAAAAGUCCCAAAAUGACAAGGAGCCCGAGCCAGACGCGAAGUUGCAUCAGCAGUUUGAGUCAUACAAGGACCAGGUCAAAAAGAUGGGUGAUGAGACAAAGCAGGCUCAGGAACAGAAGAGCGAAGCCCCAACCUGCGGGAUAUGCCACAAAACCAAGUUUGCUGACGGCUGUGGCCACCUCUGUUCAUAUUGCCAAACGAAAUUCUGUGCUCGGUGCGGAGGACGAGUGUCUCUGCGGUCAAAUAAGGUGAUGUGGGUAUGCAACUUGUGCCGAAAACAACAAGAAAUCCUCACCAAAUCGGGGGCAUGGUUUUAUGGCUCGGUGCCUGCUCAAGUGCGGGCUGUGUUUGAAGGUGGGCCACAGGGGAAGAAGGCUAAACUACAGCACCCGUCGUUGUACCCUUACCAGGGAGCCUCAGGGGACUUGACACCAACAUCAGACAGAAGCAGACGUCACGGCGGACUCCUGCCCAGGCAGGUGUCCCUCGACAACGGCUCGCUGAGGCACUCUGGACAUGGCGAUGCACCCAUAGACAGGAAACGAAGUCCAUCUGCAUCCAGGGAUCCAAACCAAAAAUACGACCAAAGGGAGGGGGGUGACCAUUCACAUUAUGCCCCGACAGACGGAAGCAUGCCCAGAUCACCGUCUGACUAUGGGGAUGGGGACCCUCGGCGGGCUCCGCGGGGCCCACAUUUGUAUCCAGACGUAAAUGCAGCAUGGAUUGGCUACAGAGACCGACAGGGUCCUGGACGCUGGCACUCCCAGGAAUACCCUCUGGACCAGGAGCUAGAUGGGCCACACAAUGAAUAUGAGCUCCAGAGACAGCGACAGGAGGAGUUCCAGACACGCUAUCGCAGCGACCCCAACCUGGCACGCUAUCCUGUUAAGCCGCAGCCCUACGAAGAGCAGAUGAGAAUGCAUGCGGAGGUGGGCCGCCUCAGGCAUGAGCGACGUCAUAGCGAUGUCUCGCUAGCUUACACCGAGCAGGACGAACCGGCUCCCAUCCGGCUGUCACGUCAACAUCUCACUGAGCGCCGUCCGCCUAUGGUGGGACAGCGAUCUUACUCUGUUGACCGCUCCACCGCAGGGCCCAUGGGUCCUGGCCUUGGAGGCCACAGAACAUCAAACCACAGCCCCCCAACACCCCACCGCAGCCCUGUGCUGGGUGACCGACCUGGGGAUCUGCAGAGAGGUGACAUGGGCGGAGGAGGGGAAUCUAUGAGGAGACAACAGCAUCACUUGGACCCCAACUCAGCUGUCCGCAAGACCAAGAGGGAGAAGAUGGAAAGCAUGUUGAGGAAUGACUCUCUGAGCUCUGAUCAAUCAGAGUCGGUGCGUCCUCCACCACCCAAGCCCCACAAAACCAAAAAGGGAGGGAAGAUGCGGCAGGUGUCACUGAGCAGCUCAGAGGAGGAGCUGGCAACUACGCCGGAGUACACCAGCUGUGAGGAUGUCGAGAUAGAGAGUGAGUCAGUCAGUGAGAAAGGGGACAGUCAAAGGGGAAAAAGAAAAACAAUUGAGCACGCAUUUAUGUCUGAGCCGGCACACACCUUAUCUGAGAGGCAAAAGAAAAUGGUGCGCUUUGGGGGACACUCAUUUGAAGAGGACUUGGCGUGGUGUGAACCGCAAGUUAAAGACUCAGGAGUUGAUACGUGCAGUAGCACUACCCUAAACGAGGAGCAUAGCCAUAGUGAGAAGCAUCCGGUGACGUGGCAGCCGUCCAAAGACGGGGAUCGCCUCAUAGGGCGCAUUUUGCUCAAUAAGAGAAUGAAAGAUGGAAGUGUGCCUCGAGACUCAGGAGCUCUGCUUGGUCUUAAGGUGGUCGGAGGCAAGAUGACAGAAUCUGGUAGGCUUUGUGCUUUCAUCACUAAAGUGAGAAAAGGAAGUCUAGCAGAUACUGUUGGGCACCUCAGACCAGGUGACCAGGUGCUGGAAUGGAAUGGCAGGCUUUUACAAGGAGCCACAUUUAAAGAAGUUUACAAUAUAAUUCUAGAAUCCAAGCCUGAACCACAAGUGGAACUCGUGGUCUCACGGCCCAUCGGAGAUAUUCCAAGGAUACCAGACAGCACACAUGCACAACUGGAAUCAAGUUCAAGUUCUUUUGAGUCCCAAAAGAUGGAGCGCCCGUCCAUUUCUGUCACCUCCCCCAUGAGUCCCAACAUGCUGAGGGAUGCUCCCCAGUACUUGUCAGGACAGCUUUCAGUCAAACUUUGGUACGACAAAGUCGGCCAUCAACUAAUAGUCACCAUACUGGGAGCCAAAGACCUGCCACCCAGGGAAGAUGGUCGGCCCAGGAAUCCUUACGUGAAAAUCUACUUCCUCCCUGAUAGAAGCGACAAAAGCAAGAGGAGAACAAAAACAGUCAAGAAAUCCUUAGAGCCUAAAUGGAAUCAGACCUUUAUGUAUUCACCGGUACAUCGGCGGGAAUUUCGGGAGCGUAUGUUGGAGAUCACGUUGUGGGACCAAGCCAGAGUGAGGGAAGAAGAGAGUGAAUUCUUGGGAGAGAUACUCAUUGAACUGGAGACGGCGCUUCUGGAUGACGAGCCUCACUGGUACAAGCUACAGACCCAUGACGUGUCCUCCAUCCCACUCCCCCGCGCCUCCCCUAACACGCAACGUAGGCAGCUUCAUGGAGAAAGCCCGACACGGCGGCUUCAGAACAAAGGAUCAUAUUCAUACUCAGGAUCCCAGAGGUUAAGUGAUGGCGAAAUCUCAGACUAUGAUUGUGAAGAUGGCGUCGGGGUAAUAACAGACUACCGACCAAAUGGCAGAGACUUCCAGAGCUCCACUUUGUCUGUCCCAGAACAGGUGAUGUCUUCUAACCACUGUUCCCGGUCUGCUGAAAUACAUAGAGCACGUUCACGCUCCCCCAGCGUUCCCCCGCCUGCCAGCCGAAACCACCGUGUGUACCCAAUCUGCCGUGAGGAAGCAGUCAGGUUACUGCGUUCCACUAGGAUAUCCCGUGCCUUUUCAGAGGGCACCUACUCUUCUGACUAUGACUUUGAGAGGAACCACGGAGCCAUGGAUAGACACGAGUAUCACAGCAGGUCCCGAUCUGCAGACCAGCGGCCCACAAUAGAGCGCCCCGCAUCCCGAUCACGCUCCACUGAACGCCCCCACGACUCAUCGAUGAUGAGGUCCAUGCCGUCGCUACCUUCUGGGAGGUCAGCCCCUCCCUCACCUGCCAUGACGAGGGCGCACCCUCAUAGUGGAUCGGUCCAGACCAGCCCAAGCAGUACGCCAGUGUCCAACAGACGAGGACGGCAACUGCCCCAGAUUCCAUCAAGUGGGAAGGACAGAAAAGAUGGAGACGAAGGAACCGAGCCUCGUGAAGGUAUUGACAUGGAGGAGAGGACAAGGCAGAUGAAGAUGAAGAUAAACAAGUACAAGCAGGGAGCUGGCUCCGACUCAAGGCUAGAGCAAGACUACCACAAGCAUUCCGGCAGGGAUCCACGGGGUUCAGAUAACCUGUCCGCCAAGUCCUCAGACAGUGAUGUUAGCGACGUGUCCGCUGUGUCGAGAACCAGUAGUGCCUCUCGGUUCAGCAGCACGAGCUACAUGUCUGUCCAGUCUGAAAGGCCUCAAGGAAACCGCAAGAUCCGCCAUUUGCGAUCAAGGAGCCAGUCGCGGGAGGGGGAUGAGCAUUUAGUUGAAGAAGAGGAAGGGACAGGCAGGAGAGGUACAAGGGUCAAUAGAGUGGGGAUCAUGCAGGGAGAGAGAAAGGGAUCAGGGGACAAAGUAGACAAAGACAAGCAGCCUCAUGAAGAAAUGCUGAUGAAAGAAGACGACUUGCACCAGAGGAGUAUCUCAGAGACUGACCUCAGUGACUUUGCAUCCAAAAUGAAAAACAGGCAGAUGGGCUCGUCGGGCGGCGUGAAUAUGACGAAGAGCACCAGCAUCAGCGGUGACAUGUGUAACCUGGAAAAGACAGACGGCAGCCAGUCAGACACGGCGGUCGGCACGGUAGGCACUGACGACAAGAAGAGGCGCUCCAGCAUCGGUGCCAAAAUGCAGGCCAUGGUUGGCAUCUCACGCAAGAGCCGGAGCACCUCUCAACUCAGCCAAACAGAAGCGGGAGGCAAGAAGUUGCGCAGCACUAUCCAGAGGAGCACAGAGACGGGCCUGGCAGUGGAAAUGAGGAGCAGGAUGACUCGUCAGGCCAGCCGAGAAUCCACAGACGGCAGCAUGAACAGCUACAGCUCCGAGGGAAAUCUCAUUUUCCCUGGGGUGAGGCUGUCCUCAGAAGCCCAGUUUAGUGACUUCCUGGAUGGACUCGGGCCCGCCCAGCUAGUCGGACGACAGACCCUGGCUACACCGCCAAUGGGCGACAUCCAAAUCGGCAUGGUGGAGAAGAAAGGAGCACUGGAGGUGGAAAUCAUUCGAGCUCGCGGCCUUGUUGGAAAACCAAGUUCCAAGGCACUGCCAGCACCAUAUGUUAAGGUCUACCUUUUGGAAAACGGAGUCUGCAUUGCCAAAAAGAAAACAAAAGUAGCAAGAAAGACCUUAGACCCUCUGUACCAGCAGCAACUGCCGUUUGAGGAGAGCCCCGGAGGGAAAGUUUUACAGGUGAUUGUGUGGGGCGACUAUGGACGCAUGGACCAUAAAUCUUUCAUGGGAGCAGUUCAGAUACUGUUAGACGAGCUGGACCUGUCCAACAUGGUGAUUGGCUGGUUCAAGCUCUUUCCUCCGUCCUCGCUAGUGGACCCGACUCUCGCCCCCCUGACAAGAAGAGCUUCCCAGUCCUCACUGGACAGUUUCUCACGGUCAUAGCAGCGUGCGGACUGAUAGCGUUGUUGUAGCAGCCGGUGUUGCGAUGAAAGGUCACGCCCCCCUGUUACACUGCAUGCUUGAUGUUGUGUCUUCUGAGCCUGUUUCUAGGGGAGCAAAUGUGAGCCUGUAUUUUGAGCAAAAACGUUGCGCACACACAGUGCACGUGGUGAAGCGCAUCGCAAGCGCCUGGCUGCCAGGAUUGCCAGGCGAUGUUGUUGUUGUUGCUGGGAGGAAACUGGAAUGAACUCCUUAGCACGAGGAAUCUGUCAUUUCCAGGUUUUCAUCCAAUUCGAAGCCAUGGGGGUCAGUACUGGGAACCGCUAAACGAGUUCUACAGAAACCCUUUUUCGAAUGAAAAAUAAAUGUUUAGCUUUGAUUUCAUUUGGUUUCAUUUGUUUCUUUUUCCUGUUGUUGUUUUUUAUGCCGAGGGGGGGAGGGGGGGGGAGGGGUGACAGUGGAUUUCUUCACCUGAUGCUUGGUCAUGUCCCACCAACAGGUCUAGCUGUAGGUGAGGGUUUUGGAGACCAUGACAUAGGUUUGUUUCAGCUUCAAUCCACACUCCCCCACAUCCUGCAAGAAAAUCACCUGCAGACUCUCAGUUUAUGUGCUCAACCAAACUGCUGGAAACUCACCAGACAGCAGUAAUCAGACGCAAUAUUGCAGUGGCUACAAAUCACCAAUAAUGAGUAAUCAAAACCCCAGUCAAAAGAUCUACCAUCUUUGUUUCAUUCUUUCUCUUUUGAUAUACAGUAGUGUAUGAAAAUUAUCCUUUCCCUUUUUAGUUAAUUUGCAUGAAUACAAAUUUAGCUGAAUACAAAAAAAAAUGCAUUGUUUUCUUGAGGCUGUAACUUGCAAAGAGAUGAAGAAAAAUAAAACAAAUCAGCUAUUUCCAACAAUUUAUUGUUUUUAAAAAUACAUUUCACCAAUGCAUGGUUUCCAAGGAGAGUGAAUGCAACAUCAUGAUUAAGAUAAAAGGCAUUGUUUAUCAGUCUUUAGACCAUUCAUGAGUCAGUAAGAUAAGGAAAACUAAAGGAACCUUUUGGAGUAUUUAACAGAUAAUGUUUUAUGACAAAACAAGUGAUAAUGACAAUAAAUGUAAAUGAUUUAUUUCAUUGUAAAAAGGCUCAGAUAAAGAUUAUGUGAACAUUGUACAUGUUUCUCUUUUUAUUCCUUCUCCCAGGGUACUUCACAUUGUACGGUUCAUUUCUAUCAUUGUCCCCUGAUAGGGUCCAGAUUUGGUCUGGUCUCGAUCUGGUUAUUUUACAGUUCUAAAUUGUUUUUGAUAUGCAUUUUAGUUCAAAUUUGAUUUCUUUAACAAGCAUGUUGAAAAGGAUUCUCUGCAACAUGGCUUGGGCACACCUUAAAGUAACUCAGCAUGUUUUGAUAUAAGAUGAUAUUUGGAAUUUUUGCAGUUUCUUGUACAGUGCAUGUCAACGUCAUUCAUUUCUCUCCCUCAUGUCAGCACUUCACUAAAUUUGUUUUCAGUCGUCCAAUGACCAAUUAUUGACGUUUUUUAACAAACAUUCCACUCACAGGGUCAUAUUUUCUUUGAGGAUAUUGUGGGGAAAAAAAGAGACAAGGACAAUAUUUUCUACUUAAUAGGGGGUGAGAAGUGUAUUUUAUUUCAGCAUUGUUGACAAACAUGCAAAAAUAUUCUGUAUUGGUACAGCAAAAGGUCUCUAUGAAAUCAAGAGGCAGCAAACCGACAAAAAGAAGAUGAUUUGCUGGCAUUCAAUACAAGCACUGUUUAUGAGAUGAGCUAAUCACGAGUUCAAAUAUCAUGGAAUAUUGCCACAGAAUUUUUUUUGUCUUUUUUUUUUGUCUUGUUUUACUGAAAAUGACUGAUUUACUAUAUUUUUGUUAGUUUUCUUUUAAAAGCCAAGACCUGAUUAUUUUUUAUUUUCUAAUUUUAGUAAUUAUAAAAACGUCUCAUGUCUGGGAGGCAUAUGAAUCGUAUAGCCGCAGUAUGUCUGAAUGAAAUUGAACUGGGGCAUUAUUCCUUUUCCACAUGGAGAUGAUGAAUUUUAAUGUCCAAGGAUUUUUUUGUCGCUGUAACAAGCUGCAGUAUAUAUUUUACUUUUUGAUUUCCAUUGUACAUACAUACAUAGAUGUCAGAAUUUAAAUAAACACAAUACCUUCAUGACACUCUUCUGGAGCAGGAAAAAUGCCUCACGAGGAAAAAGACGUUAUUUUAUCCUUUUGGAAUGCCUUUUAAUUUUCUCUUUUUUUUGUGCAAUGUGUUAAUGCCAAGGCUAUGUCUUGGUAAGUAUGGUUGAGU